GGGGCUCUGUCACUUUUCCUUUAAUUGAUUGCUUCCUGUCAGCUAGGGUUUUGGGCGCGUAAGGCAGAGCACAGAGAAGGCAUCACCGGCAAUCUACAAUGGCAGACGAAGACUACAAUGAUGAUAUGGGAUAUGAGGAUGAGCCACCAGAGCCUGAGAUUGAAGAAGGUGCAGAAGAGGAUAUAGAUAAUAAGGAUAAUGAAGAUGUCCCUGGUGACGCUGUUGAAGCUGAUGAAAAAGAAGAGGAAGUGCCCAAAGAACGACCUCGUAAAACAUCAAAAUAUAUGACUAAAUAUGAGCGUGCCAGAAUCUUGGGUACCCGAGCUUUACAGAUCAGCAUGAAUGCUCCUGUCAUGGUUGAGUUGGAGGGUGAGACUGAUCCUCUUGAGAUUGCCAUGAAGGAGCUUCGUGAACGGAAGAUACCCUUUACCAUCCGACGCUAUCUACCUGAUGGAAGUUAUGAGGACUGGGGAGUUGACGAGUUGAUUGUGGAAGACACGUGGAAGAGGCAAGUUGGAGGUGAUUGAUCUAUUUGUUGUAUUCUACCCCUGUGGAAAUGGCUUGAGACUCGGUAUAUAGAAUUUUAACUUUUUGCCAGCCAUGUACACUUUUGGCGGGACAUGAUUAUGUUUUUGUAAUGUGUUGUGGCUGGAGUUCUACUGAAACCUCCUCUUAUUAGUGAAACUUUUUUUUUCUUGAGAAGUUAUGACUGAAACCGUAUACUAUGAAAAAGCAUGGUUUGGAGUCCUGACACUUUUUUCCAGUUAGGCAAUGAUUUUUUGGUA